AGCAUCCAGUUGUGAAAGCUCUUGCUGGGGGGAGGACUCUGCAAAGGACACAGAGGAUCUCCACAGUACCACUCUAGACAUGAAAGAUCACCUCCUCCUUUCUUAAUAUUGGCAAUGUACUAAGUAACCAAAUUCUACAUACUUGAAGAAGUUCGUUGAACUGCCAGGAAAGUGGAAAUAGGAAUUUUGGCCAUUAUGACUGAAAUCACUGCUGAAGGUUACCCAGUGAGCACUGCUGGCUUUGAUGACAAGAAUGGAGCUGUUGCAACACAUAUGGCAAAGAUGUCGAAAAAAUCUGUGUCUGAUGACCUGGCCUCAACUUUCAGCUCUCCAGCAGCAUGGUUCCUAGUCGUGGCUUUGAUUGUAACUUGGUCCGCAGUGGCUAUUGUCAUGUUUGACCUGAUGGACUACAAGAACCUUGUUGCUGACUUAGAUCCUGCCUAUUCUCUGUACUGUGAUGAGCCCUGUUUGCCACCUGGAAAACAGCAAGUUGGUGUCGACAAAGUUUUAAAAGAAGCACCGAGCCUAAAAGGAGGUUUUAAAGAUUUAAGCUCAGAUCCUAUGAAAGUCAUAGAUGAGGCUGUGGAGGAUACCUCAACUUGGAUCUAUGGCUUUAUAUCUUUACUGUCUGAUAUAUUAUCAACAAAAGAAUACCCUGAUGACGAUAUGGAUGAAGGUGAAAUUGAAUCUCAGACAAAAAAGAAAGGAGUUUAUCACCCCCCAGCUAAACGAAAAGGUGAAAUUCAUCUUCCAUCUAAAAGAAAAGGUGAUGACAAUCUCAUCGCUGCCCUGAGAAAAAGGGUGUUGAAUGUCCCAUCACUCCCCUGGAAAAGUGGUGUUGGCUGUCCCAUCACUGCCCUAGGAAAAGGUGUUGACAAUCUCAUCACUGCCCUGCAGAAAAAGUAUUGACUGUCCCAUCACUCCCCGGGAAAAAGGUGUUGGCUGUCUAUUCUUUCUACGCUCAUCAUAUAAGAAGCUUACUAGCCGAGACUUGGCUGGAGAUGAUAAGUAAGACCUUCGUAUUGCUGACAAAUAUAAAGAAAAUCAGUGGCAAAUAUCAGUUGUCUUGAUACUUGAGUUAGAUUUUGAUAAUUAUUUUUGAGGAUAUAUGACCAUAAGAUAUAGGAGCAGAAGUAGGCCAUUUGGCCCAUCGAGUCUGCUCCACCAUUCAAUCAUGGGCUGAUCCAAUUCUUCCAGUCAUCCCCACUCCCCUGCCUUCUCCCCAUACCCUUUGAUGCCCAUAAUAGUAGGACCAUCUCUCUUGGUCGCAGUCAACACUGGAAAAUAAAAGGUUUUUCUGUGAGUUCACUGUGCAACAUCAGCAAUUUAGAUGCAAGUGGCUUCACCACAUGUACUAAGAAAAUCCCACCAUUCCUCAGGCACUCAGCUUUGAAACAUGUCGCAGUGUGAUACAAAACAAAAACAAGUGUGGAUUGAUUCUAAUUGUUAUUCAUUAGUUUUAAAGACACUUUUCCAAUUUGAGUUUGGAGGGGAGCACUCCCAGAGAAAACUAUCCUAUUAGCAACAUGUUUGAAAUCCUUUGGGCACCUUUAAAAGACACCAGCUUUUGAAAAUAGAAUUGAACAGGAAAAUCAAGGUGAAAGAUUUGGGGGGAAAGUCACAGCAUCAUCUUUCUACUGCCCCAUACAGUUUUUUUAAUCAGAUUUAUGGCUAAAUUCGCUGGACUAGCUGGGAAAGCAGUAAUAGUCAUUAACAGUGGCAAAACUGAAUAGAAAAAGUUGGUUCUGAAUAUCUCUGAAAUUGUGAAACUCUCCAUCUUUUUUCAGUUGGUGCCCUUGUACAACAUAAUGAGCUGAGUAUUUAAGUAAUUCCAAGUUCAUUCAUUUGGAAUUUGUUAUAUGUACAGUUUUUCAGAUUAUUACACAUGUACUUUACAAAUAGCUGAUCGUUUUACUGGCUGAACAAGUGAGUUGUAUAACUUUAAAAAUGACAGUUUCCAAACACCUAGCAUUUUUUAAAAAUAUCGUUUUAUUUUUAGAGAACACAUUGUGUAGUUGUUGCCACUGCUAAGGCUUUGAUAUUAUUCAGAUCUGCUAUUGGCAGGAAUUUAAUCUCCUUUUCUUUUCCAAAAACACUAAAUGCAACACAUUAAUAGUACCAGUGCAUUUUUUGGUUGUGCACACAUGAGACACAGCGCUUAAAAAGUCUCCUCCAGCCCACAGCACAGAGGUCAACACAGGCCUUAGGCUCUAGAAGGUUCCUUUUUACGCUGAAGCCUGUGAUCUAUUGCAAGUGGGUAGGUCUGUUUCUUCACUGGUUACCUCAUUAAAGCUAGUUGGUCACAAGUUGUGAUAAGGCCUUUGGAAAUCAGAUGAUAAGGGUUAAGUUAACCCUUCUCUGUCACAGCUCCGGGUCUCUCUCCUGCAUCUGCCAUGGACCUUUCUGAUAAUGUUGGUCCAUGGCCUCCUCUUGUGCCAAAAUGAGGCCACCCUCAGCGUGGAGGAGCAACACCAUAUAUUCUGUCUGCGUAGCAUCCAACCUGACAGCAUGAAUAUCAAUUUCUCCUUCUGGUAAAGAAUACCCUCCCCUCUUCUAUUAUUUCCCACUCUGGCUUCUUACUUCUUCUGACCUGCCUUUCACCUCCCCUUGGGUCCCCUUCUGCUUCCCCUUCUCCUAUGAUCUGCUCUCCUCUGCUAUCAGAUUCGUCUUCUUCAGCAUUUUACCUUUCCCACCCACCUGGCCUGACCUAUCACCUUCUAGUUAGCCUCUUUCUCUUCUCCCCACCUUUUUAUCCCAGCAUAUUCCUCCUUCCUUUCCAGUCCUGAAGAAGGGUCUCAGUUUGAAAUGUUGACAGCCUUUUCAUUUUCACAGUUGCUGCCUGACCUGCUGAGUUUCUCCAGCAUUUUGUGUGUGUUGUUUAAAUUAAUCAUGUUCCUGGCCCUAAGUUAAUAUUGAGUGUUUCACUCCAAUCUCCUUACAUAGUGGAAACUUAUGAACAGAUGAUGGCGAGAGCAAGUUUGAUCUGAUAUUUAUUCAGAAAAAUGAGGGGUGACCCUCUUGAAACCUAUCGAAUGUUGAAAGACUUCAAAAGUUUGGAUGUGGAGAAGAUGUUUCCGAUGGUGAGAUUGUUUAAAACUGGAGGACACAGCCUCAGAAUCAAGGGACAUCCAUUUAGAAUGAAGAUGAGGAAGAAUUUCUUUGGACAAAGAGUGGCGAAUCCAUGGGAUUCAUUGCCACAGGGACUGUGGAGGCCAAGUCAUGGGGUAUAUUUAAGGCAGGUGGAUUCUUGAAUAGUCAGGGCAUGAAGGGAUGUGGGGGAGAAGGCAGGAGAUUGCGACUGAGAGGGAAAUUGGAUCAGCCAUGGCAGAGCAGACUCGACGAGUCAUGUCCUAUUCUGUUACCUUGUCUAGUAGUCUUAUUCAUAGUCAUAGUCAUACUUUAUUGAUCCCGGGGGGAAUUGGUUUUCGUUACAGUUGCACCAUAAAUAAUAAAUAGUAAUAGAACCAUAAAUAGUUAAAUAGUUAUAUGUAAUUUAUGCCAGGAAAUUAUGAAAUAAGUCCAGGACCAGCCUAUUGGCUCAGGGUCUCUGACCCUCCAAGGGAGGAGUUGUAAAGUUUGAUGGCCACAGGCAGGAAUGACUUCCUAUGACGCUCUGUGCUGCAUCUCGGUGGAAUGAGUCUCUGGCUGAAUGUACUCCUGUGCCCACCCAGUACAUUAUGUAGUGGAUGGGAGACAUUGACCAAGAUGGCAUGCAACUUAGACAGCAUCCUCUUUUCAGACACCACCGUGAGAGAGUCCAGUUCCAUCCCCACAACAUCACUGGCCUUACGAAUGAGUUUGUCGAUUCAGUUGGUGUCUGCUACCCUCAGCCUGCUGCCCCAGCACACAACAGCAAACAUGAUCGCACUGGCCACCACAGACUCAUAGAACAUCCUCAGCAUCGUCUAGCAGAUGUUAAAGGACCUCAGUCUCCUCAGGAAAUAGAGACGGCUCUGACCCUUCUUGUAGAUAGCCUCAGUGUUCUUUGACUAUUCUUUGUUCUUUGUUCUAUUCCAGCCUUUUCAAAGAACAAAAGUGGAUCUGAGGGAAUGAUUGAACUGGUUCCAGAGACUUAACUAAAUAAAAGGAUAGGCAGAAAAGUUAGGAAUUGAACAGGGCUUACAGGAUUGGAUUUGCAGCUGAAAAUGAUAGAAUGAAAGCUAGAUCAGGAUGGAAGAGGUAACAGAGAUAAUUUGGGGCAUGAAGAGAUUUAAGCCUAAAAAAGAAGAUUUGAACUUUGAAGACCAGAGAAAUUGAAAAAGAAUGUUAUUCAGUGAGGAUAAUAAGAACGUAUGAAUCAGAGCAAUUGCAAGAAAAUUAUAGAUGUCAGUGCUUUGGAUUGUGUGAAGUGGACCAGUCAAAAUUCAUCCACUGAGAUAAGAAAAUAUCUAUUGUCCUUCCAUCCAGUUUAUGGAGACAGUAGAGCAGAUGCAACCUACGUGGUACAAGCAUUUUCAGUCUGAUAACAAUAAUCACUCCUGCAAUGUAGUCACCUCUUUUCAGCUUGCUUCUUGUGAUUAGUUUGGUGCCAAGUGUUGUAACAACUUUAGAUGAGAAAUAUUGCAGAACAAAGGGAGGCUCUGUGAACUAUUAGAUGAAUAAACACUUUUUUCU